ACAAAGCUCCAAAUAUCUCCAGAUUUCGCUUUGGAGGUUAUGAAGAGCAACUCUCACUUGGGGAGUCGCUCAAAAUGAAGAACAUGAUGUUGCACCAUAACUGUGCUAUCAGUCAUGCUGUUGAAAACCUUCCUCCCUGUGUGCCGAAUCUUCUGAGUCUUACCAUAUGUUCUACUUGUGAGAAAAUCAAUGUGCCAGUGGUAUCUAGCAAAUUCCUCCACCUCAAGUUCUUGAGUAUUCAAUUUAUUGGAGGGUACUUCAACCGGGACUAUGAUUAUUUAUUUUUGGUUUCUUAUUUUGAUGCCGCUCCUUCCAUGGAGAAGUUUGUCUUGUAUGUGAAAAGGCAGUGCAAGUAUGAGUCGUUUCAGGGAGAUCCCUCCUCUCUGCGGCGAAUGCCAGACCACUGCCAUAAAAAACUCAAGAGUGUGAAGAUCACUGGUUUCUGCCCCCAAAAGAGCAUGGUUGAGCUGACAUGUCAUAUUCUUAAGAAUGUAAGGUCACUGAAGUCCCUUACUUUGGACCCUAGUCCUGUGAAUAAUCGGUGCUCUGGCAAUAUAUUGGACAAUGGAUGCCCUCCCCUGGAAACUGCAUACAUAAGGGAGGCACACAGAACUAUCUUGGCUAUAAGAACAUACAUCGAGGGUGAAGUACCUCCUACAGUUACUUUAAGCGUUCUUGAGCCCUGCGCCCGGUGCCAUGCUUUGUGAAAUUCAGAUGACAAACAAUUGUA